AUGAAAUUUGCUGAGCAAUUAGCAAGAGAAGCCUUUCCUCCUUGGAGAACACAUUACAUCAAAUAUGGUCUCUUAAAAGCAGAACUCAAAAACCGUCAAGCAGAUCAUGAAUGGAACGAAGAGGACGAGAAGUAUUUCACCCGAAUGCUCGAACAAGAGCUUGACAAUGUCUACAACACAGUGGUCAUCAAACUAGAAGACAUCAAUUCACGUAUUAAAUAUUGCGAUGCGACCAUACAAACCCUCAAGAACAGUCAGAGUUGGUCAUCCGACGAAAGCUGGGAAUCAACAGAGACAAUCUUAACCGAAACCCUUUUUGAUCUCAACGACCUUGCAAAGUUCAUCAGGCUCAACUACACUGGAUUCAGAAAAAUCAUCAAGAAACACGAUAGAUGGGCAACGAUCAAACUAGCAAACGGGUUUGUACCCCAACUUCGAGACAAACCGCUCGACACACAACAACUGGAUGUGCCGAUUGUCUACAUAUCCAAUCUCAAAGACAUUUGUAAUCGCCGCGGAAAACCACAUGCAGGAAACGCAGCGGCCGGAGGUGACCAGCUUAACUUUGAGCGUGCGACUUCAAAAUACUGGAUCCAUCCUGACAAUAUCAAUGAAGUCAAGUCGAUUAUUAUGAUGCACUUACCAGUUUUGAUUUUUGAUUCCGAAAAGAAAUUUGAGCCCGAUGAUUCAGCUAUCUCGAGCAUAUACUUUGAUUCACCUGAGUUUGAUCUUUAUACUGAUAGACUGCAGAGAGACGAUAAUGGCGAAGCUAUUCGGUUCAGGUGGUAUGGCCCCACAUCUUCAAAGAGCGUCUUUGUCGAAAGAAAGACACAUCACGCAUCUUGGCUAAACGGAAAAUCCAUCAAGGAUCGGUUUCGUCUAGACACAGAUGAUGUCCAAAGGUUUGUCAAAGGAGAGCUGACAGCAGAAACUAUCGUCAGGCGGCUGGAGGCAAAAGGAGACAUGGACAAAGUGACACUUGACAAUAUAUAUUUUAUUGCAGAGGGUAUCCAAGAGUCUAUCAAAAACAAAAAUCUUGCUCCCGUGUGCCGAGUAUUCUACAACCGCACAGCCUUUCAGAUUCCCGGUGACCAACGUGUCCGGAUCAGUUUAGACACUAACCUGACUUUUAUUCGCGAAGACAAUCUCGACGGAAUGCAGCGUCGUGGACAAGACGAGUGGAGAAGAUCUGAUAUUGGGAUCAACUAUCCGUUCAACGGUAUUCCAAAAUCAGACAUUGCUGAAUUCCCCCACGGAGUUCUGGAGACUAAGCUACAAACCCAUUUGAACCAGCAACCUCCCGAGUGGCUAACAAAGCUGUUGGAGUCUCAUCUUGUACACGAAGUCACCAGGUUCUCAAAAUAUCUUCACGGUGUUGCAUACCUCUUUCCUGAAAGCAUUCCACUAGUACCAUGGUGGUUGGCCGAGUUAGAACAAGAUAUUCGUAAGCCACGUUCGACAAAUUUUGGUCUGAGUCGUUCACCAUCCUUCCGCCCGAUGAUUAACGGUGAAUACGGUAUUGCCUGGGAAGCAGAGCAGAACCGCAUGAAAGCCACCUCAAGUAUACAGCUGGGUGAAAAGAUUGACAAAAAGGUUGUCAUUCAAGAUGAAAAUUGUCGACUGGAUAUUCCAGAUUCCAACGGUAAUACCAGAAAACGCUCUCGUUUUUCGACUUUCCUCGCAAAAAGAUGGGGAGCAGAUACUCUUGACACGAUGGUUGUGGAUGGAAGUGGUAGAGUCAAGACCAAGAAGAUCAAAAUCGAACCUAAGGUCUAUUUUGCCAAUGAACGUACGUUUAUCAGUUGGCUUCAAUUUGCUGCCCUUCUACUUGCUGUUGCGCUGAGUCUACUCAACUUUGGUGAUCCAAGAACAUCAUAUGCCGGUGCUGUAUUUAUUGGAAUUGCUGUGUGCGUGUGCUUUUAUGCUCUUUAUCGAUUUGAAAAGCGUGCAUGGAUGCUUAACAACAAUGUCAAGGGACGAUAUGACGAUAUGAUAGGUCCUGCUGUACUCUGCGUAUUCCUUGUUGGUGCUCUUGUUGUCAAUUUGUAUCUUCGAUUCACAACUCCUAAAAAGACAUAG